ACCCCCUCCGCUGCGUGUAUCUGGCGUGUGUAAAUGUUGGGGUGUGACAGUGCUAUAUUAAAGGGGCAUACAUGCUGAUUCAUCUGGUCAGUAGACAAGCACGACAAGUGUGCGACAUUUAGUUACUAACAAAGAGACCGGGUUUGUAGAACACGCUGAGAGUACAGCAGAGGUGAGGAGCGGGAGAGAAGCCGCCGGCCCGCGUGUUUGCGCUGUCUCACGUUGGACGCUGUGCGCCUGACCGAAUAUGUACAGAAAUGAGUCGGGCUUUUUCAGCCGGGCAGACAUGCUGAUUCAUCAGGAGGUAGAGCUUCAGAAAGCCUGAAUGACGGCGCGACGGGGACAGGUGGUCUCUCCUUUGUCUGGAGAGAGAACUGAGGCUCAAGCCAUGCCAAUGUGUCCAGUCGCAAGCCCAGCAGCGGAAUCCAAGUCUGAAGAAGAUUCAUCGUUUGCACUGUACUGGUCAGGGUGACUGCAGAAACGGAAGAGAAGCCCUCGCUCUUCGACUUGCACUGUAAGCAAAGUCUCCUGUGGCAUGACGACCUCAAACAAAGGAAGCAUGGCCUUAAAGGUAAAAAGGGAGCCAGGAGAGAAUGGGACAAGUCUGACAGAUGAUCAGCUGGUGACAAUGUCGGUGCGUGAACUGAACCAGCAUCUGCGAGGUCUUUCCAAAGAAGAGAUCCUGCAAUUGAAGCAACGACGACGCACACUAAAGAACCGUGGCUAUGCAGCCAGCUGUCGAGUCAAGCGUGUAACUCAGAAGGAAGAGCUGGAAAAGCAAAAAGCAGAACUUCAGCAAGAGGUAGAAAAAUUAGCUUUGGAAAAUGCCAGCAUGAAAGUGGAGCUGGAUGCUCUGAGAUCCAAAUAUGAAGCCCUGCAAAAUUUUGCUAAGACUGUUGCCCGUAGCCCAAUGACCCCUGCUAGAGGGCCAAUUGCUUCCGUAAUUUUGCCUUGCAUCCCUGGUAAGGUAGCAACCACCAGUGUCAUUACAAUAGUCAAGUCAAAAACAGAUGCCAGAUCUUAGUAUCUGGAAAAAUAGGAGUGUGAAGUCCAAGAGAA